AGAAACACACUCCAGCAUCACAGAGUCUCCUCUCAGUGAGUGUCAGAAUGCUGACAGAGAAAUCAGCUGCAGGGGCAUCGGCAUGACUCACCUGCCAAUCAUCCACAACCUGCAGGCCACAAAUCUGGACAUGGCAGAGAACAACAUCAGAAUCAUUGCUCCACAAGAUUUCUCUGGUGUGCCAAACCUGGACACGCUGGACCUGAGCAAAAACCAACUGGAUGAUGAGUCGUUCAGCCGAAACCCGCUGUCUAACUUGACCUUUCUGAAGAAGCUGAACCUCGAUGGCAACCUGCUUACCAGGAUCCCAGCGCUGCCACCAUCUCUGGAGGAGCUCAAGAUUAACAACAACAAGCUCAGUGCACUCACCCCUCACUGUUUCAAAGGUUUGAUCAACCUGUUGAUUCUGGAGCUGGAGGAAAAUACUCUCCAUGAGGGCAGUGUGUCGCCACUAACCUUCAGACCACUAAAGAGACUUCUGGACCUCCAGCUGGACAACAACCGCUUUCGUUCCCUCCCCAUGGGCCUUCCUCCCUCUCUUCAGGAGCUGGAGAUGAAUGAAAAUCUGAUUGAGGAGGUGACAGAGGAGACCCUGAAGGGCUGUGUACAUUUAAAAGUGCUGGACCUGAGUCACAACCUUCUGCAUGAGCAAGGCAUCGCAACCCACGCCUGGUCCCGUCUCAAGACCCUGGAGGCCUUGGACCUUUCUUACAACCGGUUCACCUCGGUCCCAAUGGAUCUUCCACGGCGUCUUCAGAAACUGACCCUCCAACACAACAACAUCAGUCACAUCGGCGCCUUCACGUUCCGUCACAUGCGGUCCAGUCUACAGUCCCUCCAUCUAUCCCACAAUGCCUUGAGCAAUGAGGGUAUAGAACGAGUCUCUUUCGUUGGAACGUACCGCUCACUGGGUGAGCUCCUAUUGGACAACAAUCGUCUGAAGGAAGUCCCUCGCUGCGUUCGACAGUUUAAGAACCUGCGGGUGCUGAGACUGGACAACAACCAGAUCAGGCUGGUGAGGCAGUGGGGAGUGUGCCACCCGCAAAAUUCUGGCUCCACCUUGGCUUCGAUCCACUUGGAAAAUAAUCUGCUGGAGGUGGAGAGGAUUCCCUCAAAUGCCUUCUCCUGUCUCAGUGAUGCUCAGGGACUGGUCCUCUAUCCACAACAGGGGCGCUCAUAUGACCAAUAG